CAGCACCAAAUGAGGAUCUCCGUAGGCUGGGAUAAUCUGAAUAAUGGAGUAGAAUUGAAACAGUCAUAACACAUUACUAGCAUGAAGCAGAAACAAGCGAUCGUCGUGGCGAAAGUCCUUUGUUGCUAUACGAAAGGGCGACCCGCCUCUUCAACGCGGGCAAAACCGCCGCCGACUUUCUUCUCCUCCUCUUUAUUGAACCUCCCCGGCCAUGCAUUAUUAUUCACGCUGCCUUGCUGUGCUUUCUUUCUUCUAAUUAUAUUCUCGUCCAGGCCUUUGCUUUUUUCUUCUAUCCGGGGAAUUUCUUCUGUUUAAAUACCGGUCAGGGUCUCAACUCUCUCUCCAACGUCAGACCGAUCUCUGAGACAUCCUUUCAUUUCCGCUACCACGUUUAAAGGCGAUUCAACUCCCCGUUCAUGGUUUUCAUAAAUCCAUGUCUUGCAAAUAAUGUCGACGACUACUACAACUGCUCUCACAGCUACUACGCUCGUUGGCAUGCUUCCAGCAAUGUCAACGACUUCCGAUAAAACCUGCCCAACCUGUGGUCAGGAGGGGUUUCCAUCACAACAACACUCGGCGGAGGAGGCCCAACAGAGGAUUAAGGAAUUGGAAGGACAGGUUCUUGAUUUGAAUUCCCAGGUUGCGUUGACAGCAGAGAAACUCGCUCUAUACGAAGACGAAUUGCGUCGUCUGCGCGCCCCAACAACGCCGAGAAAGGGCUCACCGAUAUCUUCAUUAUCUUCGAAUCGAUCGAAUGACCUCUCACCGACACAACUUCCGCCGUCCUCUAGUCCGCAGUCGCAGCCCCAACAAAGCCGCUUGUCCACCUUUACUUCUUUUCUCCCGUAUCGUCGUCCCAGUGCUACCCCUCCUGUCCCGAGUCCUCCCCAAGCGCCGGUGAUUCCCGUCCAGGAAGAUACAUUGGAGUUGCAGAAUGCUUUGAGCCGGGAACAGGACUUGCGCAAAGCCGCGGAGACCCAGUUGUCGCAGGCCAGCACUGAAUUGGAGGAUUUGACGGCACAACUGUUCAGCCAGGCAAACGAGAUGGUUGCCGAAGAGCGUCGGGCGCGUGCGAAAUUGGAAGAGCGCGUUGCUGUUCUCGAGCGUCGGGAUGUUGAGAAGAGAAAACGACUCGACAGGUUAGAAAAGGCGAUGGCCAGAGUGGAGCGGGUUCGAGCGUUGGUUGGAUGACCUCAAUAUGCGUCUGGCAUCACCACGUGCUGCUACUGUUUUGCUUUUUCCCCCCCUUAUUAUAUCUCCUCUUGCAUGAGUCUUUUGCCUGGACCUGGUAUUUGUCCAUUUGGCUAUUUGCUCGCCCAGCGUUUGCUUUUUGGUUUCCAGGAUUAUUUUAUACCCCCUUGUUAUUUUUUGGGCCCGGGAUUUUGACAUGGGACAUGGCCUUAUGGGAUUAUUGGAGGCCACUUUGCUCUAUGAAUGAUACGACCAGCAUUAUGAUGGAAUGGCAUGGCGUCUACUCUUUUUUGCAUGUUUCUCUGCUGUCAUAUCCCAGGCGUUGGAUCUAUAAUUACCCAUGUCUAUGGUUUUGGUUUAUGAUACCAGAUUUCCAUUAUCGCAAUCAGACUGUUCUUAUUUUUACAAUCAAUCAAUAUCUUUUGGUAUAAAA